AUGGCUUCAAUACGCUUACUCAAUUCGCUGCCAGCGUCCAUCACCCGAUCUGGACGACUUUCCAAAGUCACCGCUCCAAUUACGGCAUAUCGAACGUUCUCCUCGUCCACUCUGCGCCUAGAUCCGGAAGCUUUCAAGAAUGGCAAGCCUGCUGCGGCUUCGACGGAAAAGGCAUAUCCCAACUUCAGUCUACGCGACAAGGCAUAUGUUGUCACGGGGGGCGGACGAGGACUGGGGCUUACCAUAGCCGAAGCCAUGGUACAAGCGGGCGCACAAGACACUCCUCACCCCGAUUUCGCACUAUCGCAAGAAGCGUCCAAGAACCUUGAGGGGUCAAUACAUUACCAUCACGUCGACGUGAGAGACAGAGAGCACCUGAACAAGACGAUCAGUAUGAUCACCAAAGAACACGGGCAGAUCGAUGGACUGGUAGCAGCCGCGGGCAUUCAGCGUGUCAAGGACGCGGUAGACCACACUCCCCAGGAUGUCGCAGACUUGAUGGAUGUCAACUUCACGGGCGUCUUCAUGUCCGCCAACGCCGUCGCGCAGCAGAUGAUGCAGACCAAGCGGCCGGGAUCCAUUGUGCUCGUGGCCAGUAUGUCAGGAAUGAUUGCCAACAAGGGUCUGACGUGUCCUGCAUAUAAUGCCUCCAAAGCAGCGGUCAUUCAGCUCACGCGGAAUCUGGCGAUGGAAUGGGGCAAGCAUGGAAUCCGAGUGAAUGCGCUGUGUCCGGGGCAUAUCAUCACCCCCAUGGUUCAAAAGAACUUCGAGGAGGUUCCCGGCUUGAAAGAAACAUGGGAGAAGGAGAAUAUGCUAGGUCGACUGGCGGCUCCUGAAGAGUUCACAGGCGCCACUAUCUUCAUGCUCUCACCGGCAAGCAGUUUCAUGACGGGAAGCUGUCUUGUCAUUGACGGUGGACAUACAGCUUGGUAA